UACAUCAAAUGUUUUCAACAUCAUGAUCAACGGCUACAUCAAAUGUUUUCAACAUCAUGAUCAACGGCUACGUCAAAUGUUUUCAACAUCAUGAUCAACGGCUACUUCAAAUGUUUUCAACAUCAUGAUCAACGGCUACUUCAAAUGUUUCAACAUCAUGAUCAACGACUACGUCAAAUGUUUUCAACAUCAUGAUCAACUCCAAGUCUUCAAUGAAAAGAGUGACCGGCCCUGUUGUCUAUUUGUGUGUCACCCUGCACGUGAAAAGGAACUGGUCCUAUUCUAACUUUCUGUUUAUGAAAUAGCAGGCGCGACAAUGACAUCUUUGGACCCAACGACCCCCACGUGGUCGCAUGACGUCAACGCCAGUCUAGACAACGCUUCACUCACCGCGUCUCAACUACGUCUGCACGCUGCGAAUGACGCUGUUGCCAUGACGCUACUUCCGGUCAUGAUCGUGCUGGGUGUGUUGUGUGUAGUUGGCAUUCUCGGAAACAGCCUGGUGUGUUUUGUGUACGCUAAGAGGUUCAGAAGAGGCGGCCAUAAUUUUUUGAUUACGUGUCUCGCUUUUGUUGACCUCAAUAGCUGUGUGCUAGCGAUACCAUACGAGAUCGUUGAUAUACGUUUUUACGUUUAUUACGUAUUCGAUACCGACUGGUUCUGUCGGUGUAUGAAAUUUAUAACAGCGUUUAUUAAUAUAGUAUCGAUACUGAUACUACUUCUCAUAGCAGUAGACAGGUAUCGGAAAGUGUGCAGGCCUUUAAAACCUCAAUUACAUGUGGGGAGUAUUCGAUACUUGCUUAUCGUUGUUGUCGUGGUAUCGUUAGUGUUGUCGUCACCGUCGUUGUUUGUGUACGGGAUGAGGACGAUUGAGUCUGCGAUGGUGCCAGGUGUGAUGAGCAGGGACUGUUCCACUCCUGAUGGGGUGAGCGGGCUGUACAGGCACCUGUUCAACGGGCUGUUGUUGAUUUGCUUUGUCGUCAUUUCCGUGACCUUGAUCGUGCUGUACGCCAGGAUUCUGCAGACGGUGAAGAACCUGCAGACGCCCAACACGUAUUCGACCGACGGCAGACGACAGGACUCGGAGAAAUACACCUCGUUUGCGUCUGAUGAGGAUCCGAACCUACCUUCAUCGGAGAUCAGCGCCAACUGCUUGGCUGUCAGAUACACCAGCGCCAACACCGUGACGUUCGAGAUGACUUCCGGUCAUAGAUCUAAUAAUAGCGCCAAGGGGGAUAACUCUAAUAUUAUCGCCUCGCCGGAUGAGUCUAUGACGUCAUCUGAUCACAAAACCGAAGUCGUGUUGACAGAAUUAAAAGCCGGAGAUUCACAAAAUUCUAAGCCAUUUGUAGGAGAGCUUGAGACAUCGAUAUUUCAAAACGGAACCACCCCCCACACUAGAUUUUUAAACGGCGGGCAAGAAGAUUCGAAAACAGUUGAUUUAUCGACUGCAGUUAAAAUCGAUAACGGAGUAUUACAUAGCAGCGCUGCUUAUACUUUUAAAACAAUCGACGACUCGAGUUCAUUAAAAAAAAUCAAUGACUCAAACACAUUUAAAACAAUCAAUGAAUCAAAUAAAUCCUCAACAUCAUCCGACGACACAGAAAGCUCAGCUACGCUCAAAUCCAACGCAAAAGAAACCACUAAUGACGUCACAUCGGAAAAUCCCGUACGUGACGUCAACAAAAAAAUGACGUUGUCCAUCCAGAGAAGUUCGUCUUCCCGCAGACGACAGCGUAAGGGCAGGUAUAAAACCACCAUGGUGGCUUUCUCCGUUACCACCGUUUUCAUCCUGAGCUAUUUACCACAUUUGUCGCUCAUUAUUUUAAAACUGAUUUUUUUUCCUGACAUGGAUCAAAACCCGCGCGGUGCAACAUUUGUGGCGUAUAAUUUGUUUAUGCGGAGUUUUUAUAUUAAUUCCAUGGCUAAUCCGUUCGUGUACGGGAUUAUGAACGUUCAGUUUAGGAGGGAAGUUCAGAAGUUGAUCUGUUGUAAAGGGGAUUGAGAGUUUUAGAAGUUGAUCUGUUGUAAAGGGGAUUGAGAGUUCAGAAGUUGAUCUGUUGUAAAGGUGAUUGAGAGUUUUAGAAGUUGAUCUGUUGAAAAGGUGAUUGAAAGUUUAGAAGUUGAUCUGUUGAAAAGGUGAUUGAAAGCUUAGAAGUUGAUCUGUUGUAAAGGUGAUUGAGAGUUUUAGAAGUUGAUCUGUUGAAAAGGUGAUUGAAAGUUUAGAAGUUGAUCUGUUGAAAAGGUGAUUGAAAGUUUAGAAGUUGAUCUGUUGUAAAGGUGAUUGAGAGUUUAGAAGUUGAUCUGUUGUAAAGGUGAUUGAGAGUUUAGAAGUUGAUCUGUUGUAAAGGUGAUUGAGAGUUUAGAAGUUGAUCUGUUGUAAAGGUGAUUGAGAGUUUAGAAGUUGAUCUGUUGUAAAGGUGAUUGAAAGAAGUUCAGAAGUUGAUCUGUUGUAAAGGUUAUUGAAAGUUUAGAAGUUGAUCUGUUGUAAAGGUGAUUGAAAGAAGUUCAGAAGUUGAUCUGUUGAAAAGGGGAAUGAAAGUUUAGAAGUUGAUCUGUUGAAAAGGGGAAUGAAAGUUUAGAAGUUGAUCUGUUGAAAAGGGGAAUGAAAGUUUAGAAGUUUAUCUGUAGAAAAGAGGAAUGAAAGUUUAGAAGUUUAUCUGUAGAAAAGGGGAAUGAAAGUUUAGAAGUUGAUCUGUUGAAAAGGGGAAUGAAAGUUUAGAAGUUGAUCUGUUGUAAAGGUGAUUGAAAGAAGUUCAUAAGUUGAUCUGUUAUAAAGGUGAUUGAGAGUUGACAGUUGACAGAUUGCUCAUUUUUUAGAAACUUUGUUGUUCUAAUUACAUUCAACUUUUUAUCAUUUAUUAUGACAUUUAUAUUUUUAUUAUAUUGUA